CGCAGGCUGUGUGCGUCAUUUCCCGGCGGCGUGGAACCAGGUAGCCAACGGCCUGCGGAGCAACAUGCCUAAGUUUUAUUGUGACUACUGUGAUACGUAUCUUACCCAUGAUUCUCCAUCUGUGAGGAAGACACACUGCAGUGGUCGGAAACACAAAGAGAAUGUAAAAGACUACUAUCAGAAAUGGAUGGAAGAGCAGGCUCAGAGCCUAAUUGACAAAACAACGGCUGCAUUUCAACAAGGGAAGAUCCCUCCAGCUCCAUUCUCUGCUCCUCCUCCUGCUGGGGCCAUGAUCCCACCUCCCCCCAGUCUCCCGGGUCCUCCUCGCCCUGGUAUGAUGCCUGCACCCCACAUGGGAGGCCCUCCCAUGAUGCCGAUGAUGGGCCCCCCUCCUCCUGGGAUGAUGCCUGUAGGACCUGCUCCUGGAAUGAGGCCUCCCAUGGGUGGUCACAUGCCCAUGAUGCCUGGGCCGCCAAUGAUGAGACCUCCUGCUCGUCCUAUGAUGGUGCCCACUCGGCCCGGCAUGACUCGGCCAGACAGAUAAGAGCAGAAAGGCUCUGUAUCAGUUUUGUAUUUCUUGUUUUAUUUCACCAGAUUAUGGUGCUGAGCUUGAGUGUUUUCCAGCUGCAUGACAGGGAAGACUUCCCCUUUCCUAAUAGAAAAUAGUUUUGGAGGGGAGAAGUGGGAUUUAAAAAGUGCAGUUCUCACUUACAUUGUGAAAAAUGAAAAUAAAAUUGUCAGCUCUUUUCGUUAAAAGUGUGUCCCUUUUUCCUUC